AGUGCUCUUACAAAACAGGAUGAGAGGGGAGAGGUGAGGCUUGAAUGACCAGACCAAGAUAGAGAAACAGUUGCACAGCUUCAGUGAAAUAAUGGCAAAAGGUCUGAAAAUAGACACAAGCCUUCCUGUAACUAAGUCACUAGAAACAGGUUUGUAGACAUUUCCUGCCCGGCCACUUCACAGCCCUCAGAGCUGUCAGACCAGGACUGGGAGAUUAAAGAGCCGGCAGCACUGGAGCAGGAAGUUUGCUGUACAUCCAAAGGUCAGGAACAGCAGAGCUGCCCAUUCAGGUCAGAUCUUGCCUCUCCUCUUGCCAGAAGGCUGUGUAACAGGCAGGAGGCAGCUCCCACCAGGAAGCCUUGCUGAAGCCACUGGAAAGUGCAAACUCACUGGCUCAGGGUUACAGACAACAGCUGCUGCGGGAAGGUGGACGGAGAACUCGACUUUCCAGCCCACCAGCCCAGAGCAGGACAGGAGGCGAUCGGCAGCCCGAGGGGAUCCACACCGAUGGGGAGUGUCCGCGCCGUGCGGGACAAGGCGCGGGGCCGAUCCCCAUCCUAGAGCCAGGUCCCCCUUCCCCAUCCCGGCGCCCCGAUCCCGGCCAGCUCCGCGGCUCCGGGGCGGGGCGGGCGGGGCGGGGCGGCCCGGGCCGGUCGGGGGAUCCGGCGCCGCCGGAAUAAGAGGCUAUCGGAGAGCGGUGGCGGAGCGGAGGGAGCGUUGUGUCCCGGAGCGCCUGGGGAGCUGGCGGGCUGCGGCCCCUCGCUGGACCUCCCCAUGGAUAAAUACAAAGCUCUCCAGCAGCUGCUCACAGAACUUGAAGAUUUUCUGAGGAUACUGGACAAGGAGAACUUGAGCAGCACUGCUCUUGUGAAGAAGAGCUUCCUUUCCGACCUUCUGCGGGUCUACACCAAGUCCAGCGGUGGCGAUGAGGAAUAUAUUUAUAUGAACAAAGUGACCAUCCACAAACAGCAGGGUGACCAGGAGAAACAAGACAAAGGGCUGGAUCGGAGAAACUCCUUGACCAAUGGAGACUCAGGACUGCAUUCGUCCCCUCCUCAGAAGAGCCUGCCGGACCUCCCCCCUCCCAAGAUUCCUGAAACAAAACAACCUCCAGUCCCCAAGAUCGAAUCCCCAGAGGGCUAUUAUGAAGAGGCUGAGCCGUAUGAUGUCUCUGUAAAUGGUCUUUUUGGUAGGCUUGCUGCGGCUGGACCCAGGCCAGGGUUGCAGGUUACUGAGGGCGUUAUUUAUGCCACAAUAACGAUGGAAGAUGGUGAAGCUGUUAGUAGCUCCUAUGAAUCUUACGAUGAAGAGGAGAGCAGCAAAGGCAAGUCAGCAACGCAUCAGUGGCCAUCCACGGAGGCCACCAUUGAGCUGAUGAAGGAUGCCCGCAUCUGUGCAUUCCUGUGGAGAAAGAAAUGGCUGGGACAGUGGGCGAAACAGCUGUGUGUUAUCAAGGACACCAGGUUGCUGUGCUACAAGAGCUCCAAAGACCAUAGCCCUCAGCUUGACGUGAAUUUGCUGGGCUGCACUGUCAUUCACAAGGAAAAACAAGUGAGGAAGAAAGAGCACAAGCUGAAGAUCAUCCCCACCAACGCCGACGUCAUCGUGCUGGGGCUGCAGAGUAAAGACCAGGCAGAGCAGUGGCUCAGGGUCAUCCAGGAGACCAGUGGUCUGCUCUGCGAAGGAGGCACUGAAGGCAACCAGUACAUUCCAGAUUCACUGCGUCUCAGUUACCCAAAGGUGGAGGUAUCUGAGAGGUACUCUGCGGCCUCUGAGAGCGGGAGCAGCACGGAUGGCCACCCAGAGACAGCGGAGAUAAAAGAUGUUAAGAAGAAGUGCACAACUGGCCUGAAACUGAGCAACCUGAUGAACCUCGGGAGGAAAAAAUCCAGCUCCCUGGAUAGCCCAGAGAGAUCCCUGGAGACUUCCAGUUACCUGAAUGUGCUAGUGAACAGCCAGUGGAAGUCCCGCUGGUGUCAGGUAAAAGAUGGUCACCUCCAUUUCUACCAGGACAAGAACCGAAGCAAACUGGCUCAGCAACCCCUGAGUUUGGCAGGUUGUGAAGUUAUCCCAGAGCCAAGCCCUGAUCAUCUCUACUCCUUCCGCAUCCUGCACAAUGGAGAAGAACGGGUCAUUCUGGAGGCAAAGUCCUCAGAGGAAAUGGGCCACUGGCUGGGCCUCCUCUUGUCGGAAUCAGGUUCAAAAACGGACCCGGAGGAAUUUACCUAUGAUUACGUGGAUGCUGACCGGGUUUCCUGCAUUGUGAGCGCCGCAAAGAAUUCCUUCUUCUUAAUGCAGAGGAAGUACUCUGAGCCCAAUGCCUACAUCGACAACCUGCCGAAGGGCAGGAUGCAGCAGGAUGAGCUGUACGACGACGUGGAUCUGCCAGACCUGCCUGCGGAAGAAGUACCCAAGAGUGAGAGCAAAUCAGAAGGGGAUCAAGACAGAGUGUACCUGGAUCUCACCCCAGUGAAGUCUUUCUUACACUGUGCUGGCAAGAAGUCAUGCCAGCCUUCACCCCUCAGCUCACCAUCUUUAGAAAGGGCUGCCAACAGGCCUGCAGCAGAGAGCACAGCCGAGACAGCCCUCGUGGCUAAGGAAACCGAGCCCUGCAGUAAGGCGAUGGAGACCUUGGAGCAGAAAAACCCAGAGAAGCCAGAGCCUGAUGAAGUGCUGCCACGGACACCCACUGUCAAAAUCCAGACACAGCAGCAGAACAUCGCUUUCCCCCAGCCGGCCCCCGAGCUGCCGCCAGGCUCAGUGACAGCGGGCAGUCCCCAGCUGCUGCCCGCGCACCGGCCCAAAAUGCCGCUGCCAGCAGCAGCAGUGGAAACCAAGCUGGGCAAGAACAGGACAGAGGCGGAGGUGAAGAGGUUUACAGAGGAGAAGGAGCGGCUGGAGAAGGAGAAGGAUGAAAUCCGGGCUCAGCUCACCCAGCUGCGCAAGGAGAGGCGGGAGCUGAAGGAAAUGCUCAUAGGCAGCACAGACAAGAGCCUGGAGCAGAGGCUGAAGGAGAUAGAAGAAGAGUGCAAAAGGAAGGAGAGCCGGAGGGUGGACCUGGAGCUGAGCCUGGUGGAGGUGAAGGAGAACCUGAAGAAGGCAGAAUCCGGCCCAGUGACACUGGGCACUGCUGUGGACACCACACACCUGGAGAACACAGCCCCCCGGGCAAAAAGCAGCAGCCCAGCGAACAGCGCAGAGAACUCACCAGUUAAUUCAGCAACGGCUUUAAAAAACCGGCCUUUAUCAGUCAUGGUGACGGGGAAAGGAACAGUCCUACAAAAAGCUAAGGAAUGGGAGAAGAAAGGAGCUAGUUAGAACCAUGUUUUUCAGAGAUGGACUAAAGACUGGAAUUGCCAUGCAUGGCCAAGGGGAUUCAACCAUCUGCAGGUGGAGGCUGGGUGUGCAAACACAACCACACACCAAGCUCCUCCUCCCCAUCGCGCCAACUGCUCAGAUGCAGCAACGGAGUCAACAGCUGCCAACAGGAAUUAUCCCAAAUGAUCUUCCUCCUUCCAGACAAGUCCCAAUCACGUAGCUAAAACAAUAACAACCAGUGGCAAUCUUUGCAUCAAAUUCCUAACCCAGUCAAUGUAAACAAGAAUGUUACUGUACAUAGGGGUGUUUUGUGUAUUUCUACUCUGAAGGUUUAUCAAUGAGUUAUUAAGGUUUCUUAUUAGCUACAGUAGUGUGUUCAGAAGGGGCCUCCACUAUUCUUUAUUCCCUGGUGGUUUUCAACCUGUCAUGUCAAGUUGCAGUCAACUAAAGUCUCACCUGUCUUGCUGCCAGUCAUCACUCAGCUGCAUGUUUUCCAACCUUCAGUUGAGGGAAAUACCCCUGUGUGAGCAAUGAUUGAGACAUGUAUGAGAAGCACACAGCAGCCUGUCCAGGGGAUUUUUAAUCAGUGUCCUGAUGGAUCUCAACACAUGUGCUUGUUCCCACCAGCCUCCUGCUGAUUUUUCCAGAAUACUGAGGAAGAUCCCUGCUCACCUUCUCAUGCCAUAAGUUGUGUUACAGACCAAGAGCUCGGGGCAAAGAAGAUCUGCCAAGCAGAUUCAGUUAAUUUUCUUGAUGAUCUCAUCUGCUUCACCCAAGGAGUUUGUUCUGGGGGAAAAAAAAAGAAAAAAAGUCACAUUUGAAUGGUUAUUAAUAAUUUAUCAAAGGCUGAUGGUCCUUCAGCCCUGGGGCCCAGGCUCAGCAGCUGAGUUGACUGUGGAGGGCUGUUUUCCAACCCUGCAAAGCUAAAGCAGUGCUGGUCCCCUGGCUGGGUUGUUCCUGGGGUCCUGCAGCUGCCCCAGUGAGCUUCAGCCAGAGCCAAGGUAAACACAGGCAAAACCUUGUACCUUCCUAACCUGUGAAAACCUCUGACAGACCUGAGGCGACCUCAAGCUUGUGGUGGCACUGUGGGGAAUGAGGAUGUCCUACUGAGGUGCUCUGGGAUUGCUUGCCACCACCCCAGGGCUAGGGUGCAACAGAGUGCUCAGUCAGGGUAUCCUGGAGGUAAGAAAAGUGUCCUCGCUCCUGUUUUUACUUUGAAAGUCUCUGCUGCAAUGCAAAUGGAGGAAUUCGCUAAUGCCAGGCCUCAGGAGUUCAUCAGCCCCAGCUCUCAGGCCCGUCCCUGUGCAAGGUUUGCAUACAGAAAAAACUCAUGCAAAUAAACCACUGAAACAUCUGGCUCAGAACCCAAGCAGCUUUCCUCUCAAGCACAGCAAGGCCAUGGACACCCGUGACACUUUUGUUUUGAUCCAUGAUGAGCUGGCAGGAGAUCCCCACUACACCCUAAGUCUCUGUGUAGUACCAUGCCCUCACCAUACACCCUGCUGUCGUCCUCCAGAAGUUGUCCAGACAUUUCACAGUGGUACUGAGACAGCGAUGGACGAGAGCAGCUCUGCUUUCCCCACCACAGCCCAGUCAGCUUCAGUGGUCCUGCUGGGAUGUCUCCAUCAGGGGAUGGUAAACUAGGCAAGUCCUGAGCAACACCCAUUCCCCAGACAAAAACCAUUAAACAAUGUCUCUGUGUCCCCAUUGUUUUCCUAACUCAAGGCAUUUCCUUUGUUGUAACUGUGACCUAUAAAGUGGCGCUUUAGAGGGUUUUAUAAUAAAAUGUUGAGUAUAUUGUG